AUGAUUGUCAUGACACUGGCACCUCUCUCUUUUCUGCUUACCUGUUUUGCUCCUCGCAUGCCCUCUCUUUUCCUCCUGCUCGUUGCCUUUGUCUUCCCACUUCCCUGCCCUCCACAUUCGUCGCUCUCCCCUCCACCCCAACCCUCGUCUUUCAAGUUAUGUGCAUAUGUGCCUGCAUGCGGGCGUGUGUGCGUGUCUGCUGUGUGCAUGCACCCAUGUGAGAGUGCAGCGCGCAAGGAGGAGUGGGAGCGGCAGGAGGGGAGGGAGAAGGCGUGGAGGGCGAGGCUGGAGAGGGAGCAGCGCGCCAGGGACGCCCUUGUGGCGCACACCCGCCCGGUGAGGACCGCCGCUGCUCAUGGUGACGGCGGCAGUGCUGAUGGUGGUGGUGGUGGGGGGAGUGCGGUUAGUUGGGACGGGAAGGUGCCAGCAGAGGCGGAGGAGCUGUGGAAUGGUGGGGACGCUGAGGCUGGUGGUGUUGAUGGGGCAGCUGGGGAUGGUGUCGAUGGUGUGGCGAGUGCAGUGACGGGCACAGGAAGUGAGGAGAAGGGGCAAGGAGAGGAGGGAGCAGCAGGGGGCGAGGGGGAAGGUGGAAGCGAGGAUUUGUCAGGUCUGUCUAAAGAGGAGAUGGGGCGGCGGAUUGCCUCCCGAUGGACUGGCGGGGGGGAGGGAGGAGAGCAGCACGAGGAGCACAGUGGGCAUGCGGCAGAGCAAGGUGUGGUGGACGAGGGGUUGCCACCCCCUGAUUUGGGGUAUGCUGAUCCGGAUGCGGUGCAGAGCGGUGAUCAUGAUCAUGAUGAUGACCAUGACUACAGUGGCAAUGACGACGAUGAGUACAAGGAGGAUGCUGAUAACGAGGAUGAGGACUACAGCAAGGAUGAUGAGGAGGACGCGGAUGGGGAUGGUGAGAGUGAGGGGGAGGAGGAGGCAGCGGAUUUGGAACAAGGGAUGGGCGCGGGGGGAGGGGAGGCGGAUGAGGGCAAGGGAGGGGCAGGGGUAGAUGGAAGAGGAGUGGAGGAGGGGGAUGGGGAGGAGGGCGAGGUGAGUGUGGAGGAGUUGAAGCAGCUGGAGGAGUUCAACCCAGAUGACCCGCCAGCCGUGACACCUGUCAGUGUCUGGUUGGCUCGCACCCUCCACUGGCCCAUGGCCGUGUGUUCGCGCCUCUACUCCCUCGCCACCCCCACGCCACUGCUCACCCUCAACGCCUCUCGCGUGGAGGCAGCUCGGGAGGAGCACAGGGGGGUGGAGGAGCAGCUGAGGAAGGCGAGGAGCCGCGCCAAGGUGCUGAGGGACAAGCUCAAGCGCGACUAUGGGCCACACGGGGAGUUCUCCAACCUCGUUGACCGCUGCUUCUCAUUCAACGCCAACCAGUACACGUAUGAGAUCUGCCCGUACAAGAAGGCGGUGCAGAAGGAAGGGCACUCCGAGACGACUCUUGGGCACUUCAAGCGGUUUGAGGAGGAGCACACGGUGAUGGCGUUUGAGGAUGGCGAGCACUGCUGGAACGGACCAGCCAGGAGCAUCAAGGUGCGGUUCAAGUGCGGGGCGGAUGUGGCGGUGCUGGCGGUGGACGAGCCCAACCGCUGCGAGUCAGUCGCCCCUCUCGCCCUCCCUUCUCCCACUGCCCGCUCUCACUCUCCAUCCACUUCCCUUCACUCGCUUCCCUUCACUCACUUCCCUUCACUCACUUCCCUUCACUCACUUCCCUUCACUCACUUCCCUUCACUCACUUCCCUUCACUCACUUCCCUUCACUCGCUUCCCGUUACUCAAAUCUCUCUCUGCUCGGUUCCUUCCACUAUCUCCGUCACUUUUCUUGGAUGCCUCCCUCACGUUCUCCGCGUACCAACUCGCCCUCUCCUCACACACCCAUGCCACAGCUUUCUAUCCACACCAUACCCGCUAUCUCAUCGUGCCUCCCUCGCAUCUCACCACCACCAUCACCAUUCCAUCUGUUCCCCAUCCCCCCCGUGGUGCCAUCAGGUAUGCCGCCACCAUGACCACGCCGUCAGUGUGCACGGAAGAAAAAGCCAAGGAGUUGGAGCAGCAGCUGGAGGCCAUGCUGAGGGACAUCCACCCCGCGCAUGAUGAGCUCUGA